AUGGUGGCGAGUCAGGAAAUUCUGAGCUCCUUGUGCUUGCCAAAUUCAAGUUCAAAAUCCGGAAAUGAAAACGACCAAAUCGAUAGAUUAUCUUCAAGAAACAACUUACUUGUCGUCCGUGGCCCUCGGCUCUCAUGGAAGGGACAUAUAGAGGAAUUAUUACGUGUAGUGUUUGAAGCUGAUGGCGAAAUGGAAAUCACCAGGUGCUAAUGUAAAAAAUAUUUUCUAGUUCAAGUGAGGAAUUGGUCUUCAAAUGGCAGGGUUUGAAAAGAAAGAAGAUCGAGAUCGUAAAAGAUCGUGACAAUGAACUUUUAAAUAGCCAUGCCCAUGAAGUGCCAUGCCCAUGAAGAAACUAAAGCGACAGACAACAAAAUUCUAGAAGAAACGUUUUACAUUUUAAUAGUGGCAAUCACAGUGUUUCAGAUAUAAAAAUUCGAGCCCUCUGUCCCAUUUCUAGUAGCCGCAAGAAAAACAUGAAAUGCGCUUCAUUUCCAAACUUGCACUGUUCACCCCCUAUGGCAUUAAUAAGGGCUCCUGCUACCAAAAGAAUUAAAAAAAAUUCAAAACAUAUUUUUGUCUUAAAAUCAUUAGUAUGUGUAGAUGUCUGUGAAAGCAAAAAUAGGCCUGGUAGAACUUUGCUUUCUCACAGAGUUUCAUCUUUUUGAAAGGGUAGGUUCCAUCUUUGUUGUUUGUGGGCGGUUUGAAUUUUUUUGCUGAUUAUGCAAAUGCACAACCUAAGGGACUGGUAACAAGUUAAGGCCUGGUCGCAUAGCUAUUCUAGACUACAUUUCCCUUCAAUGUUCGAAAACAUUGCUAUAUAGAGCUGAAAACGCAUCAAAGAUUCACACUUUGUCUGUAUUUUAUUUUAUUUUGUUGCUUAUUGGUGUGUCUGAAAAUAGUCUCUUAGAGAUUAUAUUUUCUUUGCAAUGUCAGAAGUAUAAAAAAGUGGCGAUUUCGUGGCCAGACUCGAUGGGAUGUUGACACAACAAAUUCAAACAACAGCAACCUUUCAUCUCCACGUGUGUCUACACCAGUGCUUGAAACAGCUUGUGUACGAAAGGUAACGAGUCAGAGUAAUGAAAGAAGCGAUGAUUUUGAUGGGGCACACAGCUAUAGACUGAUUGAGCUGUCAAAUUUAGUCAGUGCGUUUCAGUCUUUAGAUAAUUGCCAAUCUGGAGCAUUUGAAAGUAAGCGAAGACGAGGCCCGUAGAUAUGGGAAUAGCUCUGUGAUCAAUGUAGAGUGUUCCAAAUGCGACGUCAAGAUCGAGCUUCAAACCUCUGGGAACAACAACAAAGUGUGGAAACCACAAAAUGCCAUGGACACAAACAGGCGUAUGGUUUACUCAGCAAUGGAGAUGGGUGUAGGAAGAGAGGCUAUGUCAAUUAUGUAUGCCAUUUUAAAUAUCCCCCCCCCCCCUUGCCACCAUAAAGCUUGGGACCAACAUGUUGCUGCACUGUAUGUGGCCCACAAGAAAGCUGUUAUUACGUGGUCCAAACGAGGAUACACAGCUAAUUUCGGGGUUGGUUUUGUCAUCUCGGUUGAAACUGGCAAAGUGCUUGAUUUCGAUUUUGAGUCGAAGCUGUGCUCAGAAGGAUCUUGGUGAAGAUUCUGCCGAGUAUGCCAUUUGGUACGGUGUGUAAAGAAGGAUCUUGGUGAAGAUUCUGCCGAGUAUGCCAUUUGGUACGGUGGGCAUAAAGAUGAGUGCACCCAAACCCAUACUGGAUCAAGUGGUUCGAUGGAGUGCUCAAUAGCCAAAAAGAUCUGGGACAGAUCUAAGGAUAGUAACUUACAUUACAAAUUCAUGAUCAGUGACGGUGACAGCAAAGCCGAUGGAAAUAUCUGGGAUACUUACGGUUGCUGCGAGGAUUGUGCGAACUGGAAAAAUAUGGAUAAGCGGUCGAAAGAGUACAAGAAAUGGCGCGAGUCAAAGGAAUGAGGUGUGGAAAGAAUCUCAUGAAAGCGGAAAGGCUGAGUGUGCAAGGGUCUCCAAGGUAGAUUGCAUUGGCCAUGUCCAAAAAAGAAUGGGGACACACUUGCAUGAGCUAAGAAAACAGCAGCUUCAGCUGAAGGAUGGGAAGUCAGUAAAGGGAAGUAAAUACCAACUGGCGGACAAAAUUCAUGAUAAGUUACAAACAUAUUAUGGAAAUGCCAUCAGGGCAAAUGUGAAGCCAGGGACAUAACUCCACAAGAGCAAAAGGAGCAAAUUGAAGUUAUGCAAAAGGCUAUAUUGGCUGUUCUCUACCACACUUGUGAGAUUAGUAACAACAAAGAGAGACAUAAAUAUUGUCCACCAGGGCCAGAUAGCUGGCGCUCUUAUAGGAGAGAUGGUACUCUCAAGAGGAACGAUCACCAUUUAGAUGCUGUUUUUCUAGAUUUCCUUCUACCCGUGUUCCAACGCCUCAGUGUAUUCCCUGUUGCUUCGCUGUCUUCCUGGGUAUUCGCAGAAUGCGGAUGAAAGCCUCAACAGCCUUGUUUGGAAAAAGAUAACACGAGGAUGGCAGAUUCGGUAAGACAGGCAGCAGCGAAAGAGAAAGAAGGAAAAGAAGGCAAGCUAAGCUGGCAGCAAAUGAAUGCUCUUAUGCCAGUGGCAUGUUUAAUGAUGUGGAUCCACUUGACUUUGACCCUUCAUCAUCAUCAUCAUCAGAUGAUGAUGUUGAAGAUGACUUUGAUGAUGAAGAUGACUAUCCGUUAGCCAGAUUUGCUCAUAACGAUGAGUCUGAUGACAGUGAUGAUGCACUAUUGGCUCAAUUUGCCAGUAGAGAGCAAGAAAAGUGA